AUGGCGAGGCUCUUUACACGUUAUCUGUCGAAAUGCAAGGUUCCUAAACAGUGGAAGACCAGCAAGACCGUGUUGUUGUAUAAAAAGGGAGAUCCACAUGAUCUCGGCAACUAUCGUCCAAUCUGCCUACUGUCCGUCAUCUACAAGCUCUUUACAAGAGUGGUCCUUAAUAGGAUUGAAAAAGUCUUGGAUGAAGUACAGCCAUGCGAGCAAGCAGGGUUUCGAAACGGAAUCAGUACGAUUGACCACAUUCACACUGUUUCGAAACUCAUCGAGGUAUCACGAGAGCACAAGAUGCCGCUCUGUCUCACCUUCAUCGACUUGAAGAAGGCAUUUGACUCAGCUGAUAGGGAAGCGGUCGUGGAAGCCUUGGGCAACCAAGGCGUCCCUACUCAUUACAUAAAGGUACUUCGAGAGUUGUACAGUAACUUCACAACCGGAAUUUCGCCAUUCUACAAUAACAUCAUCAUGGACGUGAAGAGGGGGGUCCGACAGGGUGAUACAACUUCACACCCAAAAUAUUCACAGCCACCCUCGAGAACGGAAUGCGAAAGUUGGAAUGGGACGACAUGGGAGUGA